AUGGAGGCCAACGCCCCGACAGAUCUCGGGUACGAUUCCAGGCAGGAUCUACGGGUCACUGUCCGUCUGCAGGUUUGGCACUACAGCGAGCGGGGACGAUGCCCCGAGUUCAACGACGGGCUUGCCCGUCUGUUCUCCCCCGAGGCUCUCGGGGACUGCAACCACUGGAUUCCUCACCCGGCUGAGGUGGUCGAACCCGAUGGUAUCUCGAUUCGAGAUGACUACGUUCCGGUGGAGGUCGACUUUAUACACGUCGUCGCCACGUACAACAACCCCCAGGGGAAUCCCGAGUCUGGGGUUCGUGAUGUCUUCAAGAAGUUCGCUCCACCGAUUGUAUACGAUUACUUCGUCUCUAAAAUACAAAGCCCACCUCACGCGAUGAAUAUCUACGCAGUUGCCAACGGUGAAGAGAUGACAGAAAUGCACAUCAAGAUGAAGUAUGCACAUAGCUUCUUCUUUAUUCCGCUGGAGCUUCGGCUCGAACGGUUUAUCAAGCCCGCAGUGGCAGGGGUCAACUCUCUCCCUAUAUUAGGGUCGUUGAUCUUCGCCUACAUGGCUUCCCAGGGCGCAAAGAUCCCAGAGGGAACAGAUUUUCUCGCUACUUCCAAGGAAACUUUGAGUCAGCUUUCGUCCAAACUGCCCUGGUUGAAUGAUAUGCUCGACAACGUGGAGAACACGGAUGAGGACGGCGCAUCUAAGAACAGCACAUCUGAGAACACACCCACUAGUAGCGGGCCCCUCGUUCUCUUGGGCAAUGCAUCAACCUCAUUUGAGAAGCUCCGCGAACUCGCCGGCGGGUUAAAACCCAGACUCGAAAAAUUAUCAAGCGGAGAGGGCCUCACGAAUCAGGGCAUCGUCAGAACGAUACUUGACCUGCGCCAGGCUACAAUUCAUCUCUCCGAGUACGAACAAGCCAUUGUGAGCUUCAAUGACGAAGAAAUCGGCAAGUGGAACGAAAGAGCCAGCCAUCAUGAAAAAAACUUCUACCGCGCAGGGAUCGCUACGCUCGGGUUCACAGUAAUUGCCGCCCUGGCUUUUUGGAACCCAGAGCUCGCCGACCUUCUCACCACUACACUAGCCCAAAACCUCACGCCGAAUGGUAUUGCUGUCUCAGGCCAGAUUGUCGGGGUGGGAGGUACUGCUACUUCAGGGCUUAGCACAAUUUAUCAGUACCGGGAGAAGAGCAAAGCGCUUGUCGCGCUUGGUGAUGCUAAGAAUAGGGCUAGUGACGGCCGGGUCGCCCUGGAAGGAGUCCUUGUGUCUCUCCGUCAGACCCAGGCCAUCCUGGCAUUGGUUUACAUUGUGCAGGUAAUGCGACAGCCCAUUACAUGUAUGGGAGAUAAAGAAUUAGAAAGGGCGGUUAAGAUGCUAGGGGGCGACUUGCAGUAUCUGGAUAACCCAAUCUACAGCCAAACCCUCAUACAGGACAGAUUGAACAAUCUGGUGCAGGCGAGUAUCAACCUGGAUACGGAGUACCAGAGAACUAUGAGUAUUAUGAAUGUUGUGAUAGAUAUAGUAGGAAGGGUAGUUGAGACUAAGUAGCGGAAUUUGGGUUAGUACUAAAAAAAUUAACUAUUAUUAAUUACUUUAUUUAUAAAAGGUUAUAAUAAAUUAUAAACUUAUUAUAACUUAAUUUUAUAUAUACUUUAAUAUAAAUUAUAAAUUAAUAUU